AGUGAAAAUCAAAUAGUGAAUUUUGUUAAUUUAAAAAUGGUUUACAGUGUGUAAUUCAAAUUAACAAAGGAUAACAUUAACUACACACAUACAGAAUUUAAUUCAAAGUUAGAGAAAAUGUUCUGAUACCAAGAAUUAGGCGAUAAGAUGCCAAAACUUCUUGAUGAUUUCGUUAGCGAUUUCAAUGUAAAGGCAAAACAGAACCAAAUCUUGUUUAUAGGUGCAGAUAUUCUUUAAAAUAUGACGCACUAUGGACGGGACGAGAGCGAUGCCUUAUCCACAAUCAGUCGACCAAUUAAUAACAGCACCAUAUACAAUUAUGACGAUACAAUACAUCAACACAUCACGCAUACGGAUACGGAUAAUAUGGAUACGUACGCGACGGACGGAUAUGGUGUUGUGGUGUCAAGAGCCUCGAAUAAUGAGGAUGUGGAUUGGACACAAUGUGAAAUGCUGGACAGUGGUUGCUAUAAUCAGAAUUAUCCGCCUAUGGAUGACUAUAUAGCCGAGUCUGAAGUCACGGAUACGAAUACAGGUGGUGCCGACUAUUGGGAUCAGAAUCUAUCCGCAUCCAAUGAGUAUGAAUACGGAAGCGGACAAGGAUACGGAUACGGAUAUGAGUAUGGAGGAUAUGGUGGAAAUAGAACAACAACAACUGGUAAAGUGCUGCCCUUGGUGACACAUCUAGAUAGAGAUACAGAAAAAGAUAGAGAUAGAGAUAGAGAAGGUACGUACGCGAGGAGAAGAGACAAUCGUUUUGGUGUCCGCUUGCCUGCCGCACCUGAUAGAGGUGAUAGAGUGUCAUCGAAGUAUCGAAUGUUGCCACAAACGGUUGCCUAUCAGAAUGUUCACAAUGCUCAAUAUGAUAAUCUAGAUAAUAUGAAUAAUGGCGGGGGGCAUACUGGAUAUGCACCGAAUGCUGGUUUAAUAGACGAGCGCAUUGGCAGUUUCAUUAGUUUGCCAGCAGCGGCGCCAAUGCGGAUGUUGCCACAAUCCCGACAUCGUUCCUCCUCCUCCUCAUUACAACAACAGCAACAACAACAACAACAACAACAACAACACCAACAACAACAUGUAUUUAAAGAUACGACUACAACAACAACAACAACAACAGAUGCUUUCGGUAAUCAAAAUAUGCCAUCACGAACGGGAACUCCCGAUGCUUUAGAUAGAUCUACAACUGGGACCAGCAACUAUGAUGUCUUCUGCCAAAUGACACGACCCUAUACCUCGAUGCUGCCGCUUGACUAUAGCGAUUACGGUUACGAUUACUCCGGCACUGACUACGGCGGUUUGCAUUCGGAUAACUUGUCCACGUACAGUGAUACACCGCCAAUGAGCAAUGCUCAGCAUAAGAUACAGCAGCAGCGUAAAAUCUCCCUCAUGAUGGCAAUGACAACAGCAUCUGUGAUAGCGUCUGGGGAAACAAGAGUGCCAGUGUCAUCACAGCAUCAUCCACAUAAUUAUCCCGUCUCAAACUCAGUGUCAGUGUCAUUGUCGACGUCAGUGUCAGCAUCCGAUACAAAUAUUGGCUACUUGUCAACCGAAGGAGCUGUUUCCUCAGUGACAUCUACAGUGAGGACAACGACAACGACAACGACAAAUACAAAUACAACUAGAAAAUUGCCAAAACGUCUACCGUCACCACAGUACAAAUCAUCAUUGUAUACGACAACUAACGCAGAUAAUAUAUCAUCAUUACAAUCGCAAUCUGAAUCGCAAUCACAACUUACGUUCACCAAUAUCAAUGCCUUACAGUCUGAGAGAAACUAUCGCCCAAAGCAGUUACCAAAGUUGCCUAUGGCAAAAACCAAUGUCAAUGUCACUGCGAAUGCCAAUUCAGUUCCUAUAAGUUCAUUCACAGCCGACAUCGACAUCGAUGAACAAAAAUCAAUAGUUUUAUCAUCAAUAAACUCAUCAAUUUCAUCUCCCAAGGAAACAACAGAUACAGAUCGCGAUCGGGAUCGCGAUCGCGAUCGCAUCAUGAGUCCAAUAUCAAAGAUUUGUAUGGAUGAGGAUAGAACGUAUUCGAUGUAUUCGUGUAAGAAACAAACGAACCGGGAUCAAAGCGAGAUCAAUUCAUCAUCGUUACACCAUACAGAUCCUCCACCCUUAUUAUUUGAUUCAAUUGAGAAGAAAAGCUCUCCCACAAAAACAUCGCUUGAUUUAGACUCAAUGGGAAUUGGUAAUAAAUCAUCAGUCUUAUCGAUAGUAAAUGAAACGGAAACAAUGGGAUCAUCAUCAUCAUUUGACAUAUCCGAAUAUCUAAAGCCUUAUAACCUAGAUUCAAUAAAAUAUUGUAGCGAUAUCCCAAUUGGAACCACCUCAACCACAUCCACAACUACAACAAGCAACACACAAGUCUCAUAUACUAGCGGUAGAAAUGAUUCAUUGGGCUCAUUAAAAUUCUCACUGCCAUCAUUAGAAUCCCAACCUAUGCCACAUUCAAUAACUACCUGGACGUCUAGCCCCAUCAAUAUUGAAACGUCACUAAUAUCAAGAGGAGUUACUGCUAAUGUUGCCACCGUAUCAACAUCUUCACCACAGACCCAGAGUCCAACCGCAUCGAGAUCUGAGAUCGUUAUAACGCCGACUUUAAGUGACUCUUCAUCCACUUUAUCGUAUUUGUUGAGUAGGCCGAUAGCCGCCAUAGAUGACGAUAAAAAGAUGACAAGUAUUUCUCAUGAUAAGAUCACAACUCCAGUUCUGAGUAACAUUGAAAACGUGUUCACAACAACUGUUCUCGCUUCAACGUCAAUUACAACCGAUAAUCCAACAGAACCAACAUCGCAGCAAUCCUACGUUGAUUAUAUGAAAAAGUUUGAACUUCCCGAACUUCCGCCGAUGCUUGAUAUAUGCAGUAACUAUAGCAGCGGUCAUUCAGAGAUUCUUGAAACAAGUGAACCACAGUUUGAUACGACAACAACAACAAUUCCAAUAUUGAUUUCGAAUUUAAAUUCAACAUCUAUAAAUUCAAUGACAACAACAACAAACACAGUGGCAAUGUCUUCCCAGGACACAGAAUUACAGAGUCUUCAUAGAAAUGAAUUUGAUGAUCAAUUCUAUGAAAACGAUAACAAAAACACUUCUUGGUUGCCAUUAGCAGCUCCUUUAAAUGCCGAAUCCCUUGAGCUAGCAACAGGACUGGGAAUAAGUGAGAUAACAUCUCAGAAUGAGAAUCAGAGUGUAACAGAUUACUUAUCAGGUAACAGCACUGUUGAACCAAUUACUUCGUCAGCCUUUGAUGACAGCUUCUACGAUAGUUUCAAUGUUGAUCUGUCGGCUCUAACAGCAACAAUUGCCCAAAUUGAGACUGAAACCAGCCCAACAUCAGCUGGAACCCAGAAUAGGGUGGGGUCCUUUAUUUCGAACAGAGAUACAAAUACAUUCACAGAUACUCAAUUGAAGCAGUCCUCAAGUUCAGGAUUGGGAGGCUAUUAUAAGCCAUCAAUAAGUGAGUCGAUCCCUGAUGCACUUCCACCUCCAACUGCUCCGGCUCCGGCUCCGGCUCCAACUCCAACUCCAAUUUCAACUCCAAUUCCGACUUCGACUCCACAGAAAGCUAAGGUCGCAUCUGCGGCGACCAGUGUUCUGGGUGGUCUUUCCAAAGGAAUCAAAGGUGGUUUAGAUGGUGUACUCAGUGGGGUUAGCUCGACAAUGGAAACAACUAAAGCCAGCAAUAAUAGCCAGAAAAAGGCCUUUGGCUUUGGUUUGGCAUCCAAGCUUGUACCGAGUGUAGGCGGCUUACUUUCCAGCUCGGCUAACAGAUCGUCCCACGAAGAUGAAGCGAUUACGACAGCCACAACAAUAACAACGUCAAUAUCAACAGCAGCGGAUCAUUCCUUUAAUGGCAUCAAUUCAAAGGAAUACGAAUAUGAGUAUGAGCAACCGAUAGAGUAUCUAGGGGAAUCACCAAUUCAUCAAUCCAUCCACAACAAAGACUACAACACCAAUUACAUUGACGAAACGAUAAUGGGUAAUGAUCAUCAGUUGGGCGGACUCGAUGAUGCCUAUAAUUAUAGUGAAUAUCCACCGUAUCAAUUAGCGGGUGAAGAUCACGUUUACAAUGAUCCUUACAAGAUGGAAACGACAACCAUAAAGAAUGACAUGGAUAUUAGCUCGAAUGUGGCAGUUGAUACGAUUGCUUUGACCCAAAGUCAAACGGUUGUAACGCAAACCGCGACCGACAACUCUCGCAACUUGCUUUCGACCAAUGCGACUCCUAAAAAAGGAGCAAGCGGAGUCGGAGGCGGAGGCGGAGGAUCUAGCAGUGCUAGUGGCGGAAUGUUUGGCAGCAUUUUUGGCAAGGCGGCCGCAGCUGUACAAUCGGCAACGCAGGCGGUAAAUCAGAGUGCCUCCUCAGUUGCAUCCGCUGUGGUCCAGAAGACAUCCGUACCAUCGAACAAGCACAGCUCCUCUACCAAUUCCAAUAAUCUGAUAAAUUUCAGCAGCACAACAGUUGUAACAUCUGAAGCAGCAGCUGGAGGAUAUCAUGAUUAUAAUAAUUUAAUGAUUAACCAAGAAAGCCUAUCCAAUCAGUAUCCAACUACUAGUGACGAUUACGCGAACAGUAAUACUCACGAGCUGGGAUACGAUGUGCCAAUCACAAUGCCAAUGCCAAUAGUCACCAGGAAUGACAAUAUGUAUUAUUCUGAUGAUGUCGAUCAUGUUGUGGUGACAGCUGGACAAAAGAUGCUACCGACGGUGCCGUCAGUUGGAUCCACCGGCAAAAAACUGCCCACCAUUAAUGGUAAAUCGGGACUGUUAAUUAAGCAACAGCCAACGGAGAUCAUUGAUGAUGAUGAUGAAUCCGAUGAUGAUGAUGAUAUCAUUAAUGAAUUCAUGACAAUGCGACAAUCGGACAAGUUAAUUGGCCAUGAUCCGAAUUAUUGCAUCGAUAGUGAGCAGGAUGAUUACUAUCUGGAUCAUCAGCAGACGACACCGUCCAGUCGCAGAGCGAACGAUUAUUAUGAACAUGUUAGCACGAGUUAUGAUUAUCGCGAGGACUUCUUUAACGAAGAGGAUGAAUACAAAUAUCUCGAGCAACAGAGACAGCAACAACAGCAGCAGCAACAAGAACAGCAGCAGCAACAACAGCAACAACAGCAACAACAGCAAUAUCAACAUCAAGAUCAACAUCAAAAAAUGUUGAUCAACCAAAAGCAAACCUCAUUAGACUACAUUGACGAUCGACAUGACGAGGACGAUGACUUCUUAGACGAGAACUAUCCCAGUGAUGAAGACGACUGUGGCAAUUAUCUAGAUGAAAGCUCGAGCGGUAGUGCUGGUGUUAUCGAUCAUGGGCGAAAGCCCAUUCACAUGACCGCUACGAUCACCAACGCCAACGCCACCAUUAUCACCAGUAACAACGGCACCAGCACCACCACAACCAGCACAAGUCUAGCUGACCCAAUUAAGGUCGGAUUUCACACAAUUCCGGUUGCAAACAUUUCGCCGAAGUUGUCUGGAGCUCACCAGCAAAUCAAGAAACAGGACAGCAUCAUUAUUGAAGAAGGCGAUUUAGAUGACGAUCAUCGUUUAGCAGCACAAAUUUCACCCGACAAAGACGCAGACAUGGAUGAUGAUGAUGAUGAUCAACUGGCCGACCUGUUACCCACACGAACCAAGUCACAGAAGAAGAAGAAGGUCCUCAUGCGCGGCGAGACUGAGGAAGUCGUUAGCGGACAUAUGCAAAUAUUGAGAAAACCCGAAAUUACCGCCAAACAACGAUGGCACUGGGCUUACAACAAAAUAAUCAUGCAGCUAAAUAAUGGCACUGGCACAGGAGACGUUGGGUUGCGAUCCAAUGGACAUCCAGGCGAUAAUCCGUUCUAUAGCAACAUUGACAGUAUGCCGGAUAUUAGACCAAGACGUAAAUCUAUUCCCCUUGUCUCUGAAUUGGUGCUCAAGACGAUGGCGGCCACAAAACGGAACGCCGGUCUGACAUCCGCAGUACCCCGUGCCACCCUCAACGAUGAAGAACUGAAAAUGCACGUGUAUAAGAAAGCCCUGCAAGCUUUAAUAUACCCAAUAUCUUCGACGACUCCGCAUAAUUUUGUUUGUUGGACUGCCACAUCACCGACCUAUUGCUACGAGUGCGAGGGCUUACUUUGGGGUAUUGCUCGACAAGGAGUUCGGUGUCAGGAGUGCGGUGUUAAAUGUCACGAGAAAUGCAAAGAUUUAUUAAACGCAGACUGUCUGCAGCGUGCCGCUGAGAAGAGUUCUAAACACGGAGCGGAAGAUAAGGCCAAUUCGAUAAUUACCGCCAUGAAAGAACGGAUGAAGCACCGCGAGCGUGAAAAGCCGGAAAUAUUUGAAUUGAUCAGGAUGACAUUCGGUGUGGAUCCAGAUACACACAUAGAUUCAUUAGAACAGGCUGAGCACGCAACUGUUGAGGGAACAUCUAAAUGGUCAUGCAAACUUACAAUUACAGUGAUUUGUGCUCAAGGCCUGAUAGCGAAGGAUAAAAGCGGUACGAGUGAUCCAUAUGUGACGGUGCAGGUUAGCAAGGUGAAAAAACGAACGCGCACAAUGCCUCAGGAGCUUAACCCUGUGUGGAACGAGAAGUUUCACUUCGAAUGCCACAACUCCUCAGAUCGUAUCAAAGUUCGAGUAUGGGAUGAGGAUAAUGAUCUAAAGUCGAAAUUGCGUCAAAAACUAACUCGGGAAUCGGAUGAUUUCCUUGGUCAAACAAUCAUCGAAGUUCGUACGCUGUCGGGUGAAAUGGACGUUUGGUAUAACUUGGAGAAACGUACUGAUAAAUCGGCCGUAUCGGGUGCUAUACGACUGCAUAUAUCCGUUGAAAUCAAGGGAGAGGAGAAAGUAGCGCCUUAUCAUGUACAAUACACCUGCCUGCACGAAAACCUGUUUCACUACCUAUGUGAAGAGAAUUGCGGCAUGGUUAAGUUGCCCAUACAAAAGGGCGAUGACGCAUGGAAGCUGUACUUUGAUGAAAUCCCUGAAGAAAUUGUCGAUGAAUUCUCAAUGCGCUAUGGAAUCGAAAAUAUAUAUCAGGCAAUGACACACUUUCAUUGCCUUUCCGCCAAGUAUUUGUGUCCCGGAGUCCCAGCUGUAAUGAGCACUCUAUUAGCGAAUAUAAAUGCCUAUUAUGCUCAUACAACGGCCUCUUCAGCGGUUUCGGCCAGCGAUCGCUUUGCAGCCAGCAAUUUUGGAAAGGAAAAGUUUGUCAAGCUGCUUGAUCAACUGCAUAACUCACUCAGAAUCGAUCUAUCAAUGUAUCGAAAUAAUUUCCCAGCAUCCAGUCAGGAGAAACUAAUGGACCUGAAAUCUACAGUUGACCUUUUAACCAGCAUAACAUUCUUUCGCAUGAAGGUUCAGGAGCUGUCCAGUCCACCGAGAGCGAGCACGGUUGUCAAGGAUUGCGUAAAAGCUUGUCUUAGAUCCACCUAUCAAUUCCUUUUUGAAAACUGUUACGAACUCUAUAACAGGGAGUUUCAGGUGGAUCCAAACGAGGCGAAACGUGAUACCGAUGACCACGGACCAAAACUAGAUAGCGUGGACUUCUGGCAUAAACUUAUUGCUCUAAUUGUCUCUGUUAUCGACGAAGACAAAAAUAGUUACGGAACUGUACUAAAUCAAUUCCCACAAGAGCUAAAUAUUGGACAGUUAUCGGCUGCUACCAUGUGGGGCCUAUUUGCUGUAGACAUGAAGUACGCUCUGGAAGAACACGAACAGCAUCGACUCUGCAAGUCUUCGGCGUACAUGAAUUUGCAUUUUCGUGUUAAAUGGCUAUAUAGCAAUUAUGUUAAGGAGGUGCCACCCUAUAAAGGAGCAGUACCUGAGUAUCCGGCCUGGUUUGAGCCAUUCGUAAUGCAAUGGCUAAAUGAGAAUGACGAUGUGUCAUUGGAGUACCUUCAUGGGGCAUUCAAUCGUGACAAAAAAGAUGGGUUCCAAAAGAGCAGUGAACAUGCUUUGUUCUCAAAUUCGGUAGUCGACGUUUUUACACAAUUGACGCAAUGUUUCGAUGUUGUUAGCAAGCUCGAGUGUCCAGAUCCAGAAAUUUGGAAACGUUACAUGAGGCGUUUUGCUAAAACAAUCGUAAAAGUGCUAAUUGCCUAUGCUGAUAUUGUGAAAAUGGAGUUUCCAGAGCAUAUGAGAGACGAACGAAUUGCCUGUAUUUUAAUGAACAAUAUUCAGCAGCUAAGGGUUCAAUUGGAGAAAAUGUUCGAGUCAAUGGGAGGUGAUAAACUAGAGGAGGAUGCAGCCAAUAUUCUAAAGGAGCUUCAACAAAACUUAAACUCAGCACUUGAUGACUUGGCUUCACAGUUUGCUAUAAGCUUGGAGCCACGUAUAACUCAGUCGGUGCGAGAACUUGGUGACAUGUUGCUCAACAUUAAGGGAGGUAGCGGGAAUCUCACAACCGGAAAUCAGGCUGCCCAACGUAAUGCCGUUGCAGUCGAAGCAGACGAUGUGCUAAGACCUCUUAUGGAUCUCCUAGAUGGAUCGUUAACCCUGUAUGCUCAGUCAUGUGAGAAGACUGUACUCAAACGUCUACUAAAAGAGCUUUGGAAAAUUGUUAUGCGAAUUUUGGAAAAAACUAUUGUCUUGCCACCAAUGACUGACAAAACUAUGAUGUUUAAGCAUCUGACUGACAAUGCAAAAAAUUUGGCAUCAAAUGCAAAAAUCGAAGACAUGGGCCGUUUGUUCAAAUCGCAUAUGGCUGGAAAGCCAGACGUUAAAAGUGCCCUUAGUGGUGUUAUGGAUAUAUCAAAAGAAGUUGAAAAGAAUCUGUCCCCAAAACAAUGUGCCGUUCUUGAUGUUGCCUUAGAUACAAUAAAGCAGUACUUCCAUGCCGGUGGCAAUGGACUUAAAAAGACGUUUCUUGAAAAGUCUUCCGAACUGCAGAGUUUACGCUAUGCACUUAGCUUGUAUACUCAAAUGACAGACACGUUAAUCAAAACAUUCAUAUCAAGUCAGGUUCAUGAAGUUGAUCCUGAAAAUGCAGAUGAAAGUGUUGGUGAAAUUUCCGUGCAAAUUGACUUGUUUUCGCAUCCUGGCACCGGAGAACAUAAAGUAAACGUUAAAGUUGUGGCUGCCAACGAUUUGAAAUGGCAAAUACCGUCUGGUAUGUUUAGACCAUUUGUGGAGAUAAAUCUAAUAGGACCCCACCUUCAGGAUAAAAAGCGAAAAUUUGCGACGAAAUCAAAGUCAAACAACUGGUCCCCAAAAUACAACGAAUCUUUCAGCUUUGUCAUUGGUAAUGAAGAGCAGUUGGAUUUUUUCGAGCUUCACAUUUGCGUCAAGGACUAUUGCUUUGCUCGCGACGAUCGUCUGGUGGGAGUUGCAGUAAUACCUCUAAAGGAUAUAUCCGAAAAGGGAUCGGUCGCAUGUUGGUUGCCCUUGCAACGACGCAUUGAAAUGGAUGAAACUGGUUGGACGAUAUUAAGAAUAUUGUCACAGCGCAAUAAUGAUGAAGUGGCCAAGGAAUUUGUUAAGCUUAAAUCAGAAAUACGACAAGAGCCGACAAUGGGUACUUAGACAAGUCCGAAACCGACGCACACACACACACACACACACACACACAACCACACACACACACACAUACAUUCCUAUAUACAUUUAUAUCAGAAGGCCGACUUUUAAAAGUAAUGCGGUUACCAGUUUUAUUAGUAAUAUUUGAAAAAUACAAAUUUAUAUAAAGAACAGCAUUAUACCUACUUACCAAAUACAUAUAUAACAAUACAUAUACAAUACAACUAAUACAAAAACGAAACAAAACAAAAAGUAAGAAGUACUAUGAUAUUAUUUGUCGCUCAUGUUUAAGAAGUUGAUAACCAUAUUAUAAAUACUUAAUACAACAUUUACAAAACUAUAAACAUAUAUACAUAUACACUCAUAUUCACUAAAAUGAGCAUUAAUGGGUGUAUGUACGUAAUUACAUAUAUGUAAGUAUGUAUGUAUUUAUGUAUAUCGAACUUUAAACCAUGAAACCAAAUUUCACUUCCUUACAAAUAAAAAAGGAUGCUCCCACAUUCAACUGUAUAUUUCGAAUACAAUUUUUCAUUUGCGCACAUGCCUUAUUUUGUAAAUAAGUAUUUGUAUAAAUUAAUUUCUAUUUCCAUAAAUUUG